AUGAAAAGUUCAGUCGCCGUCGUGAAAACCGACCCGUUCUUCAAUUCCGGACCAUUAUUCCCGCUCGCCGUCGUGAAAACCGACCAUUAUUCUUCCCCAUCUCCGGACAAACCCACACUUAUUCCGGCAUCACACUUCCGUGAAAACUCACCGCCGCCCUCCACCGCCGACCAGUGGGACCCGCAAAGUUACAGCGGACCAAGUCCUGCUCUGCCGAAGCUCAUGUUCGCCGAGUGGCUAUCUCUGGACAGCUUCGCCGCCACGUCGGCAGCGCCGUUGGUGGGUUGCAGCAAUACUAAGGGGUUCGCCGGCGGGAGUGCUGAUUUCGGACCUGACAUCAGCGGGUUGUUUGGAGGUGAUAAUAGUAACGGUUUGUUUCAUGGGUACCCGUUGUUUCAGCAGGGGACAAGCGGCGGGCAGAACUCGAUGACGACAACGGUGAGCGACGGAUCUGCCAGCGACGUUUUCUCGUCGCAGUUCAGCUUCGACGAUCAGAGCUCGGUCGCCGACGCUAAUAAUUAUCAGUUCGUCGAGUUCUGUAGCGAGUUAUAG